AUAUUAUUUAGUAUUCAGGUGUUUACGCGUCAACAGUGUUUGAACGGACAUCAGAAUUAAAAUAAAAAAUUGUCUUAUAUUUUCAUUAUUACAUUAAUUGACAAUAAUUUUAUAACAUAUAGACAAUAAUUUAUUCUGAUUUUUUUUAAAAUAAAAUAAACACUUAAUAUUUAUACUAAUUUAUAUAUUUAUUAUUAAAAUAUAUAUAAUUUAUAUUACUAAUAAAUCUCAAAGUCAAAUAAAAUAAAUUACCAAACUGCCAAUCAUCAAGUAUAAAAAAUUGAAAAUGUCUAACCUAGUUAGUCAGGUACGUCAAAAUUUCCAUCAUGAUACCGAAGCCGGUAUUAACAAACAAAUCAAUCUGGAACUACACGCCAGCUAUGUGUACGAGCAAUUGGCAUGGUGGUUCAAUCGCGAUGAUGUAGCACUGGACAAUUUUCAUACAUUUUUCAAGGCUCGUGCUGAUGAGGAACGGGAUCACUCCCGUAAGUUCAUGGAGUUCCAGAACAAACGAGGCGGUCGUAUUGUGCUCCAGGAUAUCGCCAAACCGGCCAAACAGGAGUGGUCGUCAACCGUUGAGGCACUGGAAGCGUCCAUUCAAUUGGAAAAGACAGUCAAUCAGUCGCUGUUGGACUUACAGGCUAUCGCGUGUGGGCACCGGUCUCGGAGAGCCUGGUAUUUCAAUCGCGAUGACAUAGCACUGGAAGGUUUCCACGGGUUUUUCAAGUCUCGCGCCGAUGAGGAACGUAGUCAUGCCAGAAAGUUUAUGGACUACCAAAACAAACGGGGCGGUCGUAUUGUGCUCCAGGAUAUUGCCAGACCGGUCAAACAGGAUGGCUGGACACCGCAGUCGGCCAUCGAGGCAUCACUCGAUUUGGAAAAGACAGUCAAUCAGUCACUGUUGGACUUGCAGGCUAUCGGCGCCCGUACUAAUGAUGCAGAAUUCACCGAUUUCAUUGAAUCGGAGUUCCUGCACGAACAGGUAGAUGAUAUCAAGAAACUGGGCGAUCAUUUAACUAAUUUGAAACGUGUCGGCACCGGACUCGGAGAGUACCUGUUCGACAAACAAACCCUCGGCUAAACUCCCGGAGCUAAUAUACAAACACACAGAUUCUGUUCACUAUAUUAUAAUAAAUUUUCUAUUAAUAGAUUAGAUUUAGUGUUUUAUUAGUCAAAAUUAAUAAUAAUGUUUUUUUGGUGAAAAAUAUUAGAUUUUUGUUUUUUUUCAAUUUAUUUGAUAAUAUGUAUUUAAUCUUCAAAUAAUUAUCCAAUAAAAAAUCAAUA